AUUAUCUAAAUCAGUGGAUCAAUUUCUGUUUAACUUUGAGCUAGAGGGUGUAGAUUUAUGUGCAUGAUCACAUCUGUCCUCGAAAGCAAUAUCCACUUCAUUCUUUAAUUGCUCGAAGAGGCAACGUUUCGGCCUUAAUUCCAGUCUAAGUCUUUAUAUUUAAAAAAAAAUUUCCCCCCCUCUUCCUCCGUGGGUCUUCCUUUCCCAAUUGGCUAUAUGAGGGAUUACUAGGUCAAAUAUAUUACAAUGGAGGAAGAAGCCCAAGAAUCAGGAGAAAUCUCUGGAAAAGACUCUGAGAGGGAGGUGGUUGUUCUCGGAGGUGGAGGUGUAAGUGAAAGCGGAAGAGAAUUUCCCUCUGAGCAUAUCGCAACUGGCAAUGCGGCUGAGCUGGAAAAUGACCGGGUUUUGCAUGGAGUAAGUUCUAUGAGUAGAGUCUCAGCUUCUGAAGAUUGGGGCAGAACAGGGGACGGAGAGGACCAGUUUGAGCCUGUAUAUUUGAAAGACCAAGGGAGGAAAAUGCUGGAUUCCCAGCGCAAUGUGGAUUCAGUUCGAUCUUCUAAUUCAGAUAAUGUGAGCCAGGUGUCUGCGAACGAGGUGACCACAGAUUUUUAUACUGGGAAAGCAGCAUUGGACACUUAUCUAGAUAUUGACAUGCAAGAUCAUCCUUGUGAGAGUCCUGAAUCUGAGAGACGAGAUGGGUCUGGCCUCAAGCAAUUGUCAUUUGCAGCUAGUUUCGAUUCCUUCUCUGGUUUCUAUGGGGAAGCUGGGUAUUCUUCACCUGUUGCGUCACCCACAAAACUUCAGCCUAAAUCUGUUAUACUAAACGUGUCCCCGGAACUCUUACAUCUUGUGGAUUCUGCUAUCAUGGGGAAACCUGAAAGCUUGGAAAAACUGAAGGCUGUUGUAUGUGGUAGGGAGAGUUUUGGGAGAGGAGAAGAAAUUGAUUGUGUUGCAGUUUUGGUAGUAGACUCACUUAUUGCCACGAUGGGUGGUGUAGAAUGUUUUGAUGAUAAUGAAGACAGUAAUCCUCCUAGUGUGAUGCUGAAUUCCAGGACUGCCAUUGUAGCAGGGGAGCUGAUUCCUUGGCUUCCUUGGGAAGGUGACUUUGCAGAUUUUAUGUCGCCUAGGACACGGAUGGUUAAGGGCUUGCUUGCAAUACUGAAGGCUUGCACAAGAAACAGAGCAAUGUGCUCCACUGCUGGCCUAUUGAGAGUUCUUUUGAAUUCAGCAGAGAAGAUAUUUGUUAUGGAAGUUGGUUCAGCAGAGCAAAUGCAUUGGGAUGGUAGACCUUUAUGCCACUGCAUCCAAUACUUAGCUGGACAUUCGCUAAAUGUAAUUGAUCUACAUAGGUGGCUUGGGGUAAUCACGAGAACACUUAUCACAGUUUGGGCAACUCAUUUGAUGCUUGCAUUGGAAAAUGCCAUUGGUGGAAAGGAAACAAGGGGUCCGGCUUGCACAUUUGAGUUUGAUGGUGAAAGUUCUGGCUUACUUGGUCCAGGAGAGAGCCAUUGGCCAUUCACCAAUGGUUAUGCAUUUGCAACAUGGAUCUAUAUAGAAUCAUUUGCAGACACUCUUUAUACAGAAACAGCUGCUGCUGCAGCUAAAUCUAUUAAUUCCUCCACUGCGUCAGCAGCAGCUGCUGCAAGUGCACUCACUGCCAAAGGCACUUCACACAUGCCUAGGUUGUUUAGUUUUUCAUCUGUUGAUAAUCAAGGGGUGGAGGUAUAUUUUCAUGCACAGUUUUUGGUGGUUGAAAGUGGUAGUGGCCAGGGAAGGAAAGCUUCCCUGCAUUUCACUCACGCAUUCAAACCGCAGUGCUGGUAUUUUAUUGGUCUGGAGCAUACUUGCAGGCAGGGGUUGCUUGGGAAAGCAGAGAGUGAGCUGAGACUGUAUAUUGAUGGCGAAUUGUAUGAGAGUUGUCCAUUUGAGUUCCCAAGGAUUUCCAGGCCUCUUGCAUUUUGCUGCAUCGGUACAAAUCCGCCUCCAACAAUGGCUGGCUUGCAACAUCGUCAUCGUCAAUGUCCAUUAUUUGCUGAGAUGGGGCCUUUUUAUAUUUUUAAGGAGCCAAUUGGCCCAGAGAAGAUGUCUCGUUUGGCUUCUAGGGGAGGUGAUGUGCUGCCUUCUUUUGGUAAUGGGGCAGGUUUACCAUGGCUAGCAACCAAUAAACAGGUGAGGAGUUUGGCUGAAGAAAGUGCACUUUUGGAUGCAGAAAUUGGAGGAAGCUUGCACCUUCUUUAUCAUCCAAGUUUGCUCAGUGGGCGUUUCUGCCGAGAUUCUUCCCCUCCUGGGACUGCAGGGACACACCAUAGGCCUGCAAAGGUUCUUGGGCAAGUUCAUGUUGCUACACGAAUGCGUCCUGUAGAGUCUUUGUGGGCCAUGGCCUACGGAGGACCCAUGUCUUUACUUCCUCUCACAGUAGGCUAUGUUCAAAAUGAUACCUUGGAACCACAACAUGGGAAUUUUCCAUUGUCUUUGGCUACAGCUUCUCUUGCUGCUCCAAUUUUCAGAAUUAUUACUAUGGCUAUUCAACAUCCUGGAAAUAACGAGGAGUUAUGUAGGGCAAGGGGGCCUGAGGUUUUGUCGAGAAUAUUAAAAUAUUUGCUGCAAACUUUGUCUUCUUUGGAUCUUGGGAAGCAAAAUGGGGUUAGAGACGAGGAACUUGUGGCAGCAAUUGUCUUUCUAUGCCAAUCUCAAAAAAAGAAUUAUGAACUCAAGGUGCGGCUGUUUCAGACUUUGCUGUUGGAUCUGAAAAUGUGGAGCUUAUGCAACUAUGGAUUACAGAAGAAGCUACUCUCAUCACUUGCAGACAUAGUUUUCACUGAGUCAUCGGCAAUGCGAGAUGCAAAUGUCAUCCAGAUGCUUCUUGAUGGAUGCCGUAGAUGCUAUUGGAUCAUUCGUGAAAAGGAUUCUGUUGAUACUUUUUCACUGAAUGAAGCACAACGUCCUGUUGGCGAAGUGAAUGCUUUGGUUGAUGAACUCUUGGUGGUUAUUGAACUCCUAGUGGGAGCAGCACCUCCCUCAUCAGCUGUUCAAGAUGUCCAAUGUUUAAUUGGAUUUGUGGUUGACUGUCCACAGCCUAAUCAGGUUGCCAGGGUGUUGCACCUGAUCUACGGAUUGGUUGUACAGCCAAAUAUAUCCAGAGCUCAGACAUUUGCAGAUUCAUUUAUAUCGUGUAGAGGGGUAGAAACACUUCUUGUCCUCUUGCAAAGGGAAGUAAAAGCUGGUAACCAUUGUAUUUCAGAAGAUUCUAAGAUUAAGGAUGAUAGUAGUUUGUCACAUCAGGGUUCUGGAGUUGAAACUGGUAUGGUACAAGAAAAAAGUCACAAUGACGGUCUAGAAUCUAUAAAGAAAAAGGAAACAAUUUUACAUGAAGAAGGUUCACAGGCCUCAAGUAGAGACAGUUCCGUUGUGGUCUCCAUAGAAAAAAACUUUGAAAGAAUGGCGUCUGGCACUGAAAACCAAUUUGUGAAGAAUUUGGGUGGUAUAAGGUUUUCAAUUAGUGCUGAGAGUGCUAGGAAUAAUGUUUAUAACAUUGACAAUGAUGAUGGAAUUGUUGUCAGGAUCAUCAAUCUGCUGGGUUCACUAGUGUCAUCUGGGCAUCUGAAAUUUGGUUCACAUGAACCUCAAAAUAUUACUAGUUACAUUAUGGGUAAUGGGUUCCAUGAUGGAGGUAACACUAUGUUUGGUGACAAAGUUGCUUUUCUAUUUUUUGCUUUACAAAAGGCUUUUCAAGCGGCACCUGAGAGGCUUAUGACUAACAACGUCUACAUGGCUUUAUUGGGUGCUUCGAUAAACGCUUCAACAGAUGAUGGGCUAAACCUUUAUGAUACUGGUCAUCGUUUUGAACAUCUUCAGCUUUUGUUGGUUCUUCUCCGUUCACUACCAUAUGCAUCUAGGACAUUCCAAAUUCGGGCAUUACAGGAUCUUUUGUUGUUGGCAUACAGUCAUCUAGAAAACAGAAGCAGUCUUACAAAAAUGGAAGCAUGGCCAGAGUGGAUCUUGGAGGUUCUUUUUUCCAAUUACGAGAUGGAUUCAACCAAAUGUUCAAAUGGUGCAAGCCUUGGUAACAUAGAGGACAUUGUACAUAAAUUCCUCAUUAUCAUGUUAGAGCAUUCAAUGCAAGAGAAGGAUGGCUGGAAGGAUAUUGAAGCUACAAUUCAUUGUGCAGAAUGGUUAUCUAUGUUUGGUGGAUCUAGCACAGGAGACCAUCGCAUCAGACGUGAAGAAUCACUGCCCAUAUUCAAGAGAAGGCUCUUGGGUGGUUUGCUGGAUUUCGCUGCUAGGGAACUUCGUGUUCAGAAUCACGUUAUUGCUGCAGCAGCUUCUGGUGUUGCCGCUGAAGGAUUGUCACCGAAAGAUGCUAACUCAGAAGCAGAGAAUGCAGCUCGGCUUUCUGUCGCUUUGGCAGAGAAUGCAAUAGUUAUUCUAAUGCUUGUUGAAGAUCAUUUACGGUUGCAAAGUCAGCUAUUCAUUUCUUCGUGCUCUGUCAAUACUCCCAUAUCACCCAGUUCAUCUGCUUUGACCAUUGGUAGCCACUCAAAUUCAUUAGCUGAAACUGCUGGAGAAUUUUCUGAAGUUCUAGGAACUUGGAGAUCUUUAUCUAGCAACUCUGGUGGACUCUCUCUUGAUGUUCUUGCUUCUAUGGCUGAUGCAAAUGGUCAAAUUUCUGCAGCAUUGAUGGAACGUCUCACUGCUGCUGCUGCAGCUGAACCCUAUGAAUCUGUUCGAUGUGCUUUUGUGUCAUAUGGGAGCUGUGCCUUGGAUAUAGCUGAAGGUUGGAAUUAUAGAAGCCGAUUGUGGUAUGGAGUUGACCUAUCCUCAAAAAGCAGAGUCUUCGGUAGUGGUGGUGGCAGUGGUUGGCAAUCUUGGAGUGCUGCCUUGGAAAAGGAUGCUAAUGGAAAAUGGAUUGAGCUUGCUCUUAUAAAGAAAUCAGUCACCAUGCUCCAAGCAUUGCUGUUAGAUGAAUCUGGACUUGGUGGAGGUCUCGGUAUCAGGGGAGGAUCUGGCACUGGAAUGGGAGGGAUGACAGCCCUUUACCAGUUGUUGGACAGUGAUCAGCCAUUUUUAUGCAUGCUCCGGAUGGUACUUGUUUCAAUGCGGGAGGAAGAUAAUGGGGACGAUGGUAUGCUCAUAAGAAAUUUAAGCAUUAGGGAUGACAUAUCAGAAGGUUUAAAUUGGCAAGCAGGCAAUGUGUUGCUGUCUGAUAACAAUAGUCGUAUGCCAACAAGGAAACCGCGAUCAGCAUUAUUGUGGAGCGUGCUUUCACCUGUCCUUAACAUGCCAAUUUCUGAGUCUCGGAGACAGAGGGUGUUGGUUGCAUCUUCUGUUCUUUAUUCUGAGUUGUGGCAUGCAGUUAGCAAGGACAAGAAACCUCUUCGUAAACAGUACAUGGAGGCCAUUUUGCCACCAUUUGUUGCCGUUCUGAGGCAAUGGCGCCCCCUGUUGGCAGGAAUUCAUGAGCUUACUUCUCCUGAUGGUAUAAAUCCCCUCAUUGUCGAUGAUUGUGCUAUGACAGCUGAUGCACUGCCUCUUGAGGCUGCUCUUGCCAUGAUAUCCCCAGGCUGGGCUGCUGCUUUUGCAUCACCUCCUGCUGCAAUGGCAUUGGCAAUGAUUGCUGCUGGAACUGCUGGUGGUGAAACUGUAACACCUGUAACAACUACACAGCUUUUUAGGUGUGACACAUCGUUGCUUGAGCGUAAAAGAGUUAGACUAAAGACAUUCUCAAGCUUUCAAAAUCCUUUAGAGACACCUAACAUUAACAAGACACCGGCUGCUCCAAAGGACAAAGCUGCUGCAAAGGCUGCUGCUUUGGCAGCUGCACGUGAUCUGGAGAGGACUGCAAAAAUUGGUUCCGGAAGGGGUUUGAGUGCUGUAGCAAUGGCCACAUCUGCACAAAGAAGAAGUGUGAGUGAUAUGGAGCGUGUUAAGAGGUGGAAUAUCUCUGAAGCUAUGGGGACUGCCUGGAUGGAAUGCGUGCAGUCAGUUGGUACAGAACCAGUUUCUGGGAAAUAUUUGAAUGCUCUAUGUUAUAAAUAUGUUGCAGUCCUUGUUACAAGUUUUGCUUUAGCAAGAAACAUGCAACGCUCAGAGAUUGACAGACGUGUACUAGUUGAUGUAAUAGAUCGGCAACGUCUGUCAACUGGAGCUCGUGCUUGGCGCAAACUCAUACAUUACUCAAUUGAGUUGAAAUGUCUUUUUGGACCUUUGGGAGAGCAUCUAUGUAAUCCAGAGCAUGUUUUCUGGAAAUUAGACUCUAUGGAAAGCUCUUCAAGGAUGAGAAUAUGUUUAAGAAGGAACUACAGAGGGUAUGACCAUUUGGGUGCAGCUGCUAACUAUGAAGAGAUUCUCCGAUUAAAACAAAAUCAAGAGAAUGCCAUAUCUACUUCUACUACCUCUAUAUUUGUUGCAGAAGCAAUUUCAAUGGAGGAAGUAAAUGAGGAUGAUGAGCACACAGAAACUGAUAAUUUGGGAGGUAGAACGCAUGACAGGGAACAGAGCGUGGACAAUCAGCAGAGGUUGUCUUCAACCGUUGAGCAACCUGUACAGGUCGCACUGGAAUCUGGUAAUGCUCAAGUUGUUAGUGGCCGAGAUUUAGUCCAAAAUAUGUCAGAUGUUGCACCUGGGUAUGUUCCUAGUGAACUUGAUGAAAGAAUUAUUCUUGAACUUUCUUCGUCGAUGGUAAGACCAUUGAAAGUAAUACGAGGAACCUUCCAGGUAACAACAAAAAGGAUAAACUUCAUAGUGGAUGAUCAAACUGUGGAGGACAGUUUGAGUCCCUGCUCUGGGAGCAAAUAUCACAAAAAGGAUUGCAGCUGGGUGAUGUCUUCUCUUCAUCAAAUUUUUAGCAGAAGAUAUCUUUUGAGAAGAAGUGCACUGGAAUUGUUUAUGGUUGACCGGACGAACUUCUUCUUUGAUUUUGGGAGUACUGAUGGGAGGAAGAAUGCCUAUCGAGCUAUUGUUCAAGCUCGGCCUCCUCAUCUGAACAAUAUUUAUCUGGCAACACAGAGACCGGAACAACUUCUAAAAAAAGCUCAGCUUAUGGAGCGCUGGGCUAGGUGGGAGAUUAGCAAUUUUGAAUAUCUAAUGCAGCUCAAUACACUGGCUGGGCGAAGCUAUAAUGACAUCACUCAGUAUCCUGUUUUUCCAUGGAUUCUUGCUGAUUAUACAUCAAAGACUUUGGAUCUCUCAGAUCCUUCUUCAUACCGAGACCUUUCAAAGCCCAUUGGUGCAAUAAAUGCUGUCCGGUUAAAAAAAAUCCAAGAGAGAUACUCCAGCUUUGAUGAUCCAGUCAUCCCCAAGUUCCACUAUGGUUCACAUUACUCGAGUGCUGAAACUGUGUUAUAUUAUCUUGUUAGAGUAGAGCCAUUCACUACUCUCUCAAUUCAGCUUCAAGGUGGAAAGUUUGAUCAUGCAGGCAGAAUUUUUUCUGAUAUUGCUGCUACUUGGAAUGGUGUUAUUGAGGGCAUGGAUGUCAAGGAGUUGGUUCCCGAGUUAUUUUACCUCCCUGAGGCCCUAACCAAUGUAAACUUCAUUGAUUUUGGUACAACACAACUGGGAGGAAAGCUGGAUUCUGUCCAACUUCCUCCUUGGGCUGAAAACCCUGUUGAUUUCAUUCAUAAGCAUCGGAUGGCCCUUGAGAGUGAACAUGUCUCUGCACAUUUGCAUGAAUGGAUUGACCUAAUAUUUGGAUAUAAGCAACGAGGUAAAGAAGCUAUAUUGGCAAAUAAUGUGUUCUUCCACAUAACCUAUGAAGGGACAACUGACAUCGAUAAAAUUAGAGACUCAGCACAACAGCGUGCUACACAAGACCAGAUAGCAUACUUUGGACAAACUCCAUCCCAGCUUCUGACUGUGCCUCACUUGAAGAAGAAGCCACUGGCAGAAGCUCUUCACUUGCAGACCAUCUUCCGGAACCCAAGAGAGGUCAUUCCAUAUGUUGUUCCAAACCCAGAAUGGUGCAAUGUUCCUGCAGCUGCUAUACAUGUAUCACCCGAAUCUGUCAUUAUUCUUGAUUUGAAUUCUCCAGCUGCACAUGUUGCACUACACAAGUGGCAGCCAAACACUCCUGAUGGGCAGGGUAUGCCAUUCCUUUUUCAACAUGGGAAAGCUGUUGCAAGCUCCAGUGGUGGAGCAUUCAUGCGCAUGUUCAAAGCUGGUUCUGAAGAAUGGCAGUUUCCCCAGGCAUUAGCAUUUGCAGCAUCAGGAAUCAAAAGCUCGGAUCUGGUUUCCAUUACAUGUGACAAAGAAAUCAUCACUGGUGGGCAUGCGGACAAUAGUAUCAAGUUAAUAUCAUCUGAUGGAGCCAGAACCAUUGAAACAGCCACAGGACAUUGUGCUCCUGUGACAUGCCUUGCUUUGUCUGGUGAUAGCAACUAUCUUGUAACUGGAUCUCGAGAUACAACCGUGAUACUCUGGAGGAUGCAUCGGGCUUCUGCAUCACAUUCAAGCACUAUUUCAGAUUCUACGACUUCAUCCGGCACACCCACUUCUUCUAGCAAUGGUAAUCUAGCAAACAUCUUGGCAGACAGUAGUCAGAAACUGCGUAUCGAAGGCCCAAUGCAUGUCCUCAGAGGCCAUCUCAAGGAAAUAACUUGCUGCUGUGUCAAUUCUGAUCUGGCAAUAGUUGCUUCAUGCUCCAACUCUUCAGACGUGCUGCUUCAUUCUCUAUGGAUGGGCCGUUUGAUCAGGAGACUGUUGGGUGUGGAGGCUCAUGCUCUCUGCCUUUCAUCUCGAGGUGUCGUAGUGACUUGGAACAAAUCAGAGCAUAGGCUCAGCACCUUCACUGUGAAUGGGAUUCCGAUUGCCUCAGCACAAUUGUCCUCUAUCCCUGUCAGCAUCAGUUGCAUGGAAGUCUCAGUUGAUGGAGAAUACAUUCUGAUAGCAAUUAGUUCAUGUUUGGAUAAUGAUGGGACCAAUAAUACCAGCAAAGAUUCGGAAUUCAAUGAGAAUGAGGCCGAAGGUAUUGACCUAGGAUUGAAUAGGAAGAGCCCUAACCAUAGGUUGACUGUUCCAGUACCUUCAAUUUGUUUCCUGGAUCUGCCCUCACUCAAGGUAUUUCAUACAUUAUUGAAGUUUGGAGAAGGGCAAGAUAUUACUGCUAUGGCUUUAAACAAGGAUAACACAAACCUUGUAGUGUCAACAGCAGAUAAACAGUUGAUAGUCUUCACUGAUCCAGCUUUGAGCUUGAAAGCGGCGGAUCAAAUGCUUAAGCUUGAUUGGGAAGGAGACGGCUCAGCCCCCUUAUAAAAUAAAGCUUCCAAACAUAGGGUUUUGAUUUGUGUGAAGAAAGAAUAUGAGAUUGCUCUGAAGCUAGUCCUUUGGGGCUUGAUACUUCGAUAGCAGGGCUGCAGUACAUUCAGAACUUGAGCUGAAUGCAUAAAUUUGUUUGGCAACUAAGAUACUCGUUCGAGGGUGUAACAUAUGUAUCCAUCAAGUGGAUGGACUCUACAUAUGUGACAUAUAUGACUUGUAACUAGAACAGGGUUGUCCUCUUGAUUUUUGACUAAAUUGAGGUGUAAGUUUGUUACAUAGUGAGAUGAUGUUUAGGCCUUUCUCUGUUCAUGGAAUGGGUAGUUUUUUGUUGUACCUUUCCAGUUCUGUUAAAAUUUUAAAUGAGAGUUAUACUUC